AUGGAGAAACGUAUCUUAAAGUAUGAAUUGGAUGUUAGUUCAACUGGUCGUGCAGAAUCUACACAAAGUUCUGAAGAUGUUGGUAAAGCCAUGGAACUUGUUCAACGUGAACGUGAUCGUGAUGUUAAAGAAAAAGAAGAAUUACGUCAUUUAAAUGAUCGAUUUUCUCAUUUCCUUGCUAACAUUGAACAACUAAAACGAAUCAAUGAGCAAUUACAAGCACAACUAAAAGAUGAAUUUGCUAAGUGGGGAAUUUUACCACGUGAUGAAAAUGAAUUACGACAAAUAAUUAAUCAGAUUAAUGAUCGCGCUAUCAAACGUGCCACUGAUGAAGUACGUUCACGUGCAGCUGAACAAGAAACUGCAGUUCUUAAUCAUACAGUUGCUUUAUAUGGAAAUAUUCAAGAUAUUUAUAAACGCAAGCACGAUAAUUUACGUACUGUGAUUGAUAAAUUACAAGAAGAAUUAAAUCAUAUCAUUCAACGUGAACAUGAAAGUGAAGAAGAAUUAACAACUGCACGAGAUGAUUUAAUAAAAGAACUAAAUAAAUUUCGAGAACGUCUACAAGAUUGGUUACGUUUAGUUAUUGAUAAACAAACAAUAUUAGAUGACAUUCAAUCAUUACGUGAACGUAUUAAUUUAAUCAAUGCAUUGAAUGAUGAAGAAAUCAAUGAAUGGAAGCGUCUUUUAGAUCAAUCAAAAGAUGAUUCAAUGUUGUUUUAUAGAGAAGAACUAACAAAUGCUAUACGAGAUAUUAAACGAGAUUAUUCAAAACAAGCAAAAAAAUUUCAAGAUGAACUUGAAUAUCAAAUCGAAGGACAAUUACGUAUUGUUGAAAAUCAACUCAAGAAAAUGCCUGGAUUAACAGAUAGUUCAAUGCAAGAAUCAGACAAGCAUAAAAUUCAAAUGGAAGAAACAAAAUUACGUGCAAGCAUGGAUGAAUAUGAUAAAGAACACUAUCAAUUAAAUAAUUUAACCAAGGUGUUAUCCGAUAAACGUCGUUUAUUACGUGAUGAAGAAGCUAAACUACAUGAAAUUGAACGUAAAAUUCGCGAUAAACAAUUACAUGAGCGAACCAUCUCUGAAAAACUUCAAAAUGAAUAUGAUGAUUUACGUGGACGUUUUGAACAAAUGGCGUAUGAAUUGCGUUUUAGUAUUGAAGAUGAACUUAGAAUUUAUUCACGAUUACUGGAUGAACUUAUGAAAAAGUCGUCGAUGGUUAAUGCUUCAGCAAAUAUUACCAGUCAGUCAGGUGAAAAUAUAACAUCAACAGUGACUCGAUCAAGUGGAAAUGAAGAUCUUAGCACUUCGUCAAUUUUUCAACUUACAAAUAAUAAUUUAACUGCAGGUACAAGUAAUAUAUUGGAUUUAGCUAGUAGUCAUAGUGGAUGGCCACAAUCUAUAAAUUUACGUGGCAGUAUAGAGAAUUUAUUUACAACGAAUGAAAAUGAAAUUCAAGAAACGUAUGAUGACCACACAUUGGUCAGAUCCUCAUCAUUUUCAAAACUUGAUUAA